UCACGCAGUACCCAGUCUUGACUUGAGCUGCAUGCUGCAGACACAGAUAUGGACACAUGCCAUUUCAGAGAUCGACAUCUGUGUGAUCGAUUUUUCUCACCCACCUGUCUCCGGCGAAUGCUGAGACCUCAGUUAGCCACAAAAACAGAGCACAGACAGAAGCAUGGACUACAAGCGACAACCACCAACAAACGAAGGCACUACCGAGGACAAUCGGACUACGAACGAAGAGCAUGACUACCAUGCAACGACCUACUCGUGAAAAGGGAGAGCCAUUCAUGCGAAAAACUAUUUCCCAGGCUGUCCAAAAACGAUGACACUCAUCCAGUCAGCCCAUCGGUCAGUCAGUCAGUUAGUAAGCUUGCGACGCGGUGUCGGUCUGCCUGUGUGCUGCUGGCGGUUUGUUGGCACCCCGAAGGGUGUUUCCCGCCACCGACACACACAAGAGACCCAGCCAUCCAUCCAUUCAUUCGUCCAUCCAUCAACCAAUCCAUGUCAGUCAAGCCCAUCGAUCAGCGCGUAUGGAUGGCCCCGCAACACGUCACACACAUGUCUCUGCAAGUAAAUGGGCUCUAUUGUGUGUGUGAGUGCGUGUUAGCGCGGUUCAGUCGGUUUCGGCUGCCGGCGUGGUGAACGAGCGUGUUGUGGGGCAGGGCUGCGACCGCGCGAGCCCUCGGGUUGAGAGGACGACCAACUGCCUCAGCCACACAGCGACCCCUCUUACGGCCUUAUACGGCCACCGCCAGGUGACACGACACUGACUGACUGGGGCUGGCUGAUUGGUUGACUGGCCCGGCCUGCCCCGGCACUGUGUGGGCUGUGGACAUCCAUGCAGUGGACUAUGUAUACGUAUCGACGUGUAUACGUACAGCUAUGUGGCGUACCUGGACCGCACUCAUGUGCAUGGUGCGGCGCGGUGUGUUGCCUACCUUUGCUCCCUUCAAUGUGUCUUCCUUCUCUCUCUCCUGCGUGCAGUCAUCGCAGAGGCGAUCGGUUGCGAGAUUGGCCUUUGUCAAAGAAUGUUCGAAUGCGUACUUGAUCGAUGGAUGGCGGCAGCAACCAGCCAACGCGUCAACAGAACCUGCAUACACAUACUAAUCUAUGCGGCAUGCGUUCACAGAUGUAAUCAUAUCGCCCACCAAAGAAAUCGUCCGUUUCCUCUUGGCUAGGCGCGUCUGCCGCCUGGUCCUUGACGCGCGUUGUAUCUGACGACAGACAUCGCGAGAGAGUCAUGGAGAGUGAAUGCCCAGACGCAUACAUCCACUUGCAGGCAUGUCCAUUCGCAUAGCGGGUACUUGAUGAAUUCGUCCAAGUGUAGGGUGGGCUGCAUGGAGACAUACACGUACUCGUACAAAUGUCGCGGCUGGCGGUCGGUCGAUCUACCUGAACACAGAGGGUGGGUGCCUGAUGGAAGGAAGCACAGUGGCAUCAUAUAGAGACGAGACACGUGGAUCAUCCAUCCCCACCUGCUGAUGCCGGCAGGCAUUGCCCAGGGCUCCUUGGCUCUGCUGUCUUGUCAAGUGAGUACCCGCGUCCUUCCUGCCAUGAAUCGACAGUGCACCCAUACAUGGACGCAGGAUGGCCACUGCACAAGAAACGUACAUUCGGUGACGUAUGGAGAAGGAAGCCUGCACACAGAGGUUGAAACGGCAAAAAUCGUAGCGAAAUGCACCACAUGACAUCCAAUCGUCCGUGUGGCAUCUGCACGAUUGAUCAAUACCUCAUUGUUGCGCGCAUUCGCUUCCCGUCGGACUGCCCGUGACGGGGUGACAGCCGCCUGAUUGCAAGGAGGGAAGGAUACAUGUGUACAUACAUACAUACAUACAUAUUCAUCCGUAAAGUCUGCCUGCCUACAGAUUUAGCCGCUCUGGAUUUCACUCUUUGCCUGCAGACAGAGACACAUGAACGCACCAUCUGUAUAUCAAUCAAAUCACGCGCCUACCUUCCGUGGAACAUCAUUCGCUUGCUCGCGGAGGUGGUGUGCGAAAGUGGCAGUUUGACGUGCGUGUC